ACCGCCGAGAGGGGACCAACUGUCUUGAAUAGCUACAGUGCCCUUGUACAGGCCUGUGUUGUUGAAAACAAACACUCUAAGCCAACGAUUAGGGGCACACAUGGGACUGUAGUUCAAGGCUGGCAUGCUCAGAUUUAGCAGGCGGAUAAAAUACCAGCUAAAGUUUGUAAACCCCAAAUCUAAAAUGUAUUUAAUCUCAUCAAAACUUUAUUGUAAAAAGCAAUUUCCUAGAGAGACCCGUUCUGAUUUUCAAUGGCAAGAUAACAGGCAAGUAUUCUCCCUGAAAAUGAUGUGUGGUAGCGGAGCUCUGUGUCAUGGAAGUCAUCUUGAGCUCAUGCUCGUCCUCCACAGCUCCUCAUCGUGUCUGUGCACACACACAACAGUAUGACAUCACCAGAGCUUUCUGCAUCAACACUGCCACCUCUGGCUAUGUGUCUCUCUCUUUCACUCUCUCGCGCUCUCUCCUCACUUUCUUUCUCUCUUUCUAUCUCUCUGGCACGCUGUCCCUCGUACUCUCUCGCACCACACUCUCUCACACACGUUCUCUUCCUCUCCUUCUCUUCCUCUGCUUUCUUUUCCAACUGUUGUGUGGCUCCGCAUCUGUGAUGCAGGAUAUUUGCAGCAACGGGGACCAAAAAUGCUUUCUAGACAAGAUUGACAUUGUGAAACGGAGUGACUACACUCCCACUGAUCAGGACCUACUGAGAUGCAGAGUGCUCACCUCUGGGAUCUUUGAGACCAGAUUUCAGGUGGACAAAGUCAAUUUUCACAUGUUUGACGUUGGUGGUCAAAGGGAUGAACGUCGGAAAUGGAUCCAGUGCUUUAACGAUGUAACAGCCAUUAUUUUCGUGGUGGCCAGUAGCAGCUACAACAUGGUGAUCCGGGAGGACAAUCAGACCAACCGUUUGCAGGAGGCUCUGAAUCUAUUCAAGAACAUCUGGAACAACAGGUGGCUGCGGACCAUUUCUGUCAUCCUAUUCCUCAAUAAACAGGACCUGCUAGCAGAGAAGGUGUUGGCUGGGAAAUCAAAAAUUGAAGAGUAUUUCCCAGAGUUUGCACGCUACACCACACCGGAUGAUGCAACACCAGAACCAGGGGAGGAUCCACGCGUCACGAGGGCAAAGUACUUCAUACGAGAUGAGUUCCUGAGGAUCAGCACAGCCAGCGGAGAUGGCAGGCACUAUUGUUACCCCCAUUUUACCUGCGCCGUCGACACGGAAAACAUCCGCCGGGUCUUCAACGACUGUCGGGACAUCAUUCAGAGGAUGCACCUUCGGCAGUAUGAGCUCUUGUGAUGGGAGGGGGCUGCAACAAAGACUCUGAACCUCCACCUCCGGUCUCUCCCUGACCCCCCCUGAAACCCACCCCUGUCGACCUGCUCCUGAUUCGGUGUACUCUUGGGGACUCCUGAAGUCAAACUAGAUAUGAGCUACAGAGUAACCUGGAAAGACUAUUGAAAUACUGCAAAACACAGAAUACAUCCAAGCCAGAUCAGCUGAACUCCGCUGCACUUUAGCACUGUGCUCAGGACUCGAACCCAUUUCACCACACACACAAGCGUAUACACGCUGACAUAACACCGAACUCUCUCUUUUUCACACCAUUAGUUUAUAUUUUGAGACACACACACUUAGACACACUUGCUCUCAAAUUUACCCUCCGAUAACUGCUUGCUGUUCUGAAAAAUAACACACUUUUACUCGACUACAUGGUCCUGGACUGGGUGAGCUCAGAGUCUUGGCUGCUUACUGUCUGCAGCCACAGAUUGACUGGAUCAGUGCUUUCAAUGACUUCACAGCCAAGAUACCUACUAGGAGCAACGUUGAUGACUGACAAUAAACCAGAGAAGCAUCGUGGUGGGCAGGGCAUGGGGGGAGGGGAAUAUCUAUGUAAAUUUGGUGGAGCUUGGACACCAUGACGCUCACAGGAUUGUCACAUGACUUUGCCUUGUUUGUACAGCAGCGGGAGGAAAAAGGCCAACGUUCACAGAACUCAACGGAGUGCAAAAAACAUAUACAGUACCAUAUAAGUGAAGAGAAGUCCGAUCAGCCCUGUUUCUGUCUCCAGUUGUUUUGUCUGUGUAAACUUUUGUGCCAUUGUGCCCCCCUCUCUCUAAUCACCCCUCCUCCCUGUCCACUCUCUUAACCUCACCUCAUACCCUGCACUGUUACUUUACUGGCAAUGCUCUUUGUUUUAUUUUUAAAGAAAAAAGUAAUCCUGAAAUUUAAAAAAAAACUAAGAGGAAGAAGAUAAUUAUAUGGGAUUCUAUUCUUUACUCAUGUGGUCAACCCCCCUCCACCCCCUCCUUCCAAGGCUAUUUGUAUGUCUGUCUUUACUUUACUGCUGAACUACUAUUCUUGUACAGACUGUAAAAUGUAUUAUUUUGUACAACUUUAUUGAAAAAAUAGAAGAUCCCUGUGCCUUGAUCACGACUGUACGUGUAUAAUGAGCUAAAGUCGGUGUUCUACUGCGCUGUAUAGCUGGGCCAGUUUCCCCCAUCUCUCCAGGGAAGGAGGACAACCAUUCGUAGAUUUGGAUUUUUAUUUCUCUCCCCCAACUCUCCUUUAUGAUUUAAAUGCUUAUUUUUGGAUCCAUAUACCAAAAGAAAGAUAAAUAUAUGAAAUGUUUAUGGAUUUUUAAAAGUAUUUUAUUAGAAUCAAAGACACAAAUUGUACACUUGAUAUAGUGUGCGUAUUGCUAGAACUGAAAUCCUUUUCAAUUAGGUUUUGUUCAGGUUUUGUUUCAUUAGUGACUUCUGCAAACAACAUUUUGAAGGGUGAGUGUUUAUUUACCAUUUUUAGCUUUAAGGUAAAGGGUGAUGGAAAAAUAUCCAAAUGCAAAACAUUGCUUGUUUCUACAUGAAUAUUUUAUUUUGCUAAAGAAAACAACAAUCAAGAAAUGGUAUUGUUUUGGGGUCCUUCCUAGUGUUCCACAACAGAGGCAGACUGUACAGUAUUACAUUUUCACUUCAGUGCCCUAGUUUUCAUGUAUUAUGUACAUCAAACAUGGGUUUCUACUUUCAGAAGAGGAGCUCUGCAAAAUAAAGUUGUUUUGGUGCAGACAGC